UUUUUGUGAGUUGCUCGAUUAUCCCUUUUUGCGUUUGAUACCGUGGUUUCUAUUGUUACUUUUAUGUUAAGAAACUCUUCUUGUGUUACUGAACAUAUAAACGAACACUAAAAUUUCAUCGAUGGCGUAUUCUCAUAAACUGACAGAAUCUAAAUACCAUAACUGGGUUAAAGCUGGUUUAGCUGUACUGUUUACGAAAGAAGGAAUUCAACCGUUUGUUCAUGAUGAAAUCGAACAGUUCCAGCGAAAGUGUUUGGCUGACAUUUGCAACAAUAAUAAACUUCUAGUUGGUUCUACGUGUAAUAGUUGUUGCACAGAAAAUAUUUUAGUUUGUCCUACAAAUAAAAUAUGUAACGUUAGACGCGGGAACUGUAGUUUCCAUAGAAACACUUCAAUGCAGUACAACCCUGCAGGCUGCCUAAAUAAUAUAUGUCAUAACUUCAAAACAAAAAUAGAGAAAGCUCAUCGUUACAACAGUCCGUCUUACCGUAAUACAGACGCUACACAGUGGUGCAGCAAUCCGUGGGAAGUAGCCAAAUGUUUCUUGCCACCGAAUGGAUACAUGGAUGUGACAAGUGCAGAUGAGAUGGACUUCAAUGGAGUCAUCAGUGUUAUCAUGAACUACAAAGGCUUUCAAUCAAAAGUACAGGAUAUCAAUAUCUUUGACAAGGGUAGAGAUAUCGGCAAAGCUUUUCGACAUUCCCCGACUUUGGAAAUGGAAGAUACAGACUUACAACAGUACUUCACUGACUUGCAGAAUCUACUCUCGGAUCCUGGAUACUUGACUACGUGUGCAUAUGCGCAGAAUGCUAGACAGAAACUAUCACAGCUUCUAAAUGAUACCUUAGUCAUUGGCAAAGACGACGUCCGGAAAGUGCUGCAUCAUGUUGCCAAGGCAGUUCAGGAUAGAAUAAGGACUGAAGUGGAUGCUUAUAAACAAGAAGCUGAAAAACAAAAUUUAAAACUCAUCAAAACAACAAACAGUGCUAUAAAUGCUAUUAAAGGACAAGAAAAUGUUUCAAUGUCUGAACUUAAUGCAGCAUUAAAGUCUGCACUUGGUGAAAUUAAAAAACAAACGAAGGAGUCUGUUGAAAUGAUUAAAAUGAAAUCUGCUGAAAGAUUGCAGACUAUAUCGACAGAAGGAGAUGUUGCAGUUAAAAAAGUUAAAAAUGCGAUAGAAGUUGGAACAGAGGAAGGCGUACAAAAGGUGAAAAAAGAAGCUGAUGCUGGAGUGAAAACGAUUGCAUCGAAAAUUGAUGAUGGGCUAUUGCAGAUUGACUGGAAAUUGAAAACAGGAAAUGAACAGUGUGAAGACGUUAAAUACAACAAACUGAAAAAAGAUCUACAGUCAGACCUAAUGACAUACUACAAAGACAUUUGUGGAACAAUUUCGAUAUGUCCUUGUUUGGAGGAAGUAGAUGCCCCAUUUAUUAAAGUCUACAUUCCACCAUACCCACUUUAUUCACAAGAAACCGACAAAUUGAAACAACUUUCAAAACAAGGCAAAGGACAAGAAACUGAAAUAUCAGAGGGAAUACCUGUGAAUUCAUUACAGAAGAUAUUUAACAAAGAGUUGGAAGAGUGCAAGUACAUAUACUUAACUGCAGAACCUGGUCUAGGUAAAACAUCCUUUGUAAAAUGGUUAGCUCUAAAUUGGUGUCAAGCGCAUAGUCCUGUAAACAAUGAAUGUUGCUAUUUUGACCAAAAUGACGUGAAACAAAUGAAAACGUUUGAAUUUCUUUUUAUAAUUUUUCUCAGAGAAACUGAUGCAAAUGAAAGACAUGUAGAUUCUUUGAUAACGAAUAAUGUUAUUACCGCUCUAGCAAGACAGAGUGCAUACACACCUGAAGUUCUAGAAAAAGUUAUGUUUAACGAAAAAUGUUUGAUUAUCCUUGAUGGACUUGAUGAAUGGGCCAUGUCUGGCAUACCUAAAAGGUCAACUAGAAAUUCAUGCACAUACUUAACAACAUCGCGACCCUGGAGGUUUUGUGUUCUUCCCCUAAAUUCAACUAAAAUAGAUCAGCAUGUAUGCAUUGAGAAAGUAGAACAAGUGUGUUCAAAAAAGCUCAUACCAAGAAUAUUGUCCAUUAUUGAGGAAAGAGAAUGCUUGAGGAAAGAUGUUUUGGGCGCAGAUAAUGCAUGUCAAAUAUUUAAAUCAAUGCUUAAAGAGAAACAUAUAACUCAGUUUUAUAAUACACCUGUCAUACUUUUACAGUUGUUAUAUCUGUGGAAUAUAUCCAAAGAAAUUGGUAAUUCCCAACGUGAAAUUUACGCAGACGUCGUCGAUACAUUGUUUAGCAUUGCUGAGAAAAAAGUUCAACUUCUAGGUAAAUUCAAAUAUCACAGGAUUUCAAAUAUUACAUACAUUAAAACGUCUUUCUUUGAAGCUUACUAUGAUUUGAUAAUUAAGCUUGGGAAAUUGGCAUUUGAAACACUAUUCUCAGAAAACAAGGAAUCCUCUCUCGUGUUCGAUGAAGCCGUGGCAUUCAAAUACCUUCCAGGAGAUGAAAAUGCUACUACUCAUGAUGUACUCUCUACAUGUUUGCAGACAGGCUUGCUGACGAAGCAGUCAGUGUACGUACGAGCGAGGAGGAAACAAUAUACUUACUCAUUUUAUCAUAAAACUGUCCAAGAAUUUUUUACAGCACUAUAUAUACAGUCAGAGUAUUCAGAGUAUAUCCUUGAUGUAAUAAAGAAAAGAUGUAGCUCUGUUUCAUGUAUACUGGAAAUGAGAACUGUGUUCAUGUUUCUGAGUAGCUUCAAUCCAAUCAUAGCAAGUGUGAUUUUACAGUCUUUGCAGAGUACUAUAAAUGAAGAUGAGAAAACCGAUAUGUACAGACGCAGAUAUUUUCACUCGUUUGAUGAAGAAUAUCGUCAGAUGAAAUCUAUCCAAGAUAUGUUAGUUAGCUGUGUAACAGAAAGUGAAAAGAACGGACAUGGAGACCAGUAUUUACCCCUAAUGGAUAUAAUUUUUGAUCACUCAUGCGAAAAAGAAUCCUACUCUGCUUCCUUGAAAAAUCUCCUUCAAUCAAAUUCAAAGAAAAUACAAUCACUUGCUGUUUCUUCUUUCCUAAAAUCCACCCCAGACGUAUUGAAUUAUGUCAGAAAGCAUUUCGAAUUAUCAGAAGUGUGGUCUGUUUGUAAAUUGCAGAUAGACGAAAGUUCUAUUUCAAAUGACUUGCAUGAUUUAAUUGCUAGAUCUGCGAAAACUAUUAAAAGUGUAGCCGUUUUAAUUGAUAGCAAGUCUGCCUUUGUGCCAGGUAUAACUGACCAAUUUCUAGGUCUGAAAACAAAGAAACUUGAGUCACUAUACUUAUCUCUUGAUAGAAGUGUAAAACAAAAUACUUUAGAACAACUUAUUCAUUUUGUUUCACAUCAAACAAUUCUAAAGGAGGUAAAUUUGGCAACUGAAUGCAGUGUGAAUAUAUACACAAAUUGCAGUGUACCUCCGCUUCACCUCUGUCAGCAUGAACAUUUACAGAAACUUUCACUGAAGAACGUACCACUACAACAUUUACAGCUGAAUGACCACUUACAGGAGCUUACAGUGAAGAAUGUACCACUAACACAGCUACAGCUGAAUGACGACUUACACGAGCUGACACUGAAGAAUGUACCACUAACACAUUUACAGCUGAAUGACCACUUACAGGAGCUUACAAUGAAGAAUGUACCACUAACACAGCUACAGCUGAAUGACGACUUACACGAGCUGACACUGAAGAAUGUACCACUAACACAUUUACAGAUGAAUGACCACUUACAGGAGCUUACACUGCAGAAUGUACCUCUUACACAUUUACAUCUAAGUGACCUCCUACAGGACCUUAUACUUCACCAUGUACCACUUACACACUUACAGCUGAAUGACCACUUACAGGAGCUUACACUGAACAAUGAACCACUAACACACCUACAGCUCAAUGACCAUUUAGAGCAGCUUAUGCUGGAAAACCUACAACUAACACAUUUACAGUUGAAUGGCCACUUACAGGAGCUAACACUGAAGAAUGUACCACUAACACAUUUGCAGCUAAAUGACCACUUAAAGCAGGUUAUACUGUAUGAUAUACCACUAACACAGUUACAACUGGAUGACCACUUACAGAAGCUUUCACUAAGGAAAGUAUCACUAACACACUUACAGUUGAAUGCCCAGUUAAAGCAGCUUACACUUAAUGAUGUACCACUAACACAGUUACAACUGGGUGACAACAUACUGAAGCUUAGACUGGACAAUGUACCACUAACACAUUUACAACUGAAUGACCAUUUAAAGCAGCUUACACUUGAUGAUGUACCACUAACACACUUACAACUGGGUGACAACAUACUGAAGCUUAGAUUGGACAAUAUACCACUAACACAUUUACAACUAAAUGACCAUUUAAAGCAGCUUACACUUGAUGAUGUACCACUAACACAGUUACAACUGGGUGACAACUUACCGAUGCUUACACUGAAAAAAGUACCACUAACACAUUUACAAUUGAAUGGCCAUUUGAAGCAGCUUACACUUGAUGGUGUACCACUAAUACAGUUACAACUGGAUAACCACUUACAUGAGCUUACACUGUGGAAUGUGCCACUAACACAUUUACAGCUGAAUGACAUUUUACAGGAACUUACACUGUAUGAUGUACCACUGACACAGUUACAUCUGGGUUAUAACUUACAGGAGCUUACACUGGACAAUAUACCUCUUACACAUUUACAGCUGAAUGACCGUUUAAAGCAUCUUACACUAAAGAAUAUACUACUAAAACAUUUACAGCUGAAUGGCCACUUACAGGAGCUUACACUUCAUCAUGUACCACUUACACACUUACAGCUUAAUGACCACUUAAAUCAGCUUACACUUGAUGAUAUACCAUUAACACAGUUACAACUGGGUGAUAACUUACGGAAGCUUACACUGGACAAUAUACCUCUUACACAUUUACAGCUGAAUGACCACUUACGUAAGCUUAUACUGAAGAAUGUACCUCUUACACAUUUACAGCUGAACGACCACUUACAGAAGGUUACAUUGAAGAACUUACCUCUUGAACAGUUACAGCUGAACGACCACUUACAGAAGACAACCCUGAAGACUGUACCUCUUACACAUUUACAACUGAAUGACCUCCUACAUGAGCUUACACUUCACCAUGUACCACUUACACACUUACAGCUGAAUGACCAUUUAAAUCAGCUUACACUUGAUGAUGUACCUCUAACACAGUUACAGCUGGGUGUUACCUUACAGAAGCUUUCACUGGACAAUGUACCACUAACACAUUUACAACUGAAUGAUCAUUUACAGGAGUUUACGCUUGAUGAUGUACCACUAGCACAGUUACAACUGGGUGACAACUUACAGGAGCUGACACUGCAGAACGUACCACUUACCAAUUUAGAGCUGAAUAUCUCACAUAUUAGAAAUAUACACCUAAUAUCGAUUUCAUUGUCAAGUAGUACAUUUAAUAUAUUCUUAGAUAAAGUGAUCAACUGUGAGCAGGAUGUGUCACUGAAGCUAGACGAUAUCACUCUAAAAGACAUCAAUAAUACAGAGCACCAGGAGACAGUCAGAAUUAAUAUUUCACAAUUCAAAGAUCAGGGUUUUACGUCUGCCACGAAAUCACUUGAACUAUACAGUUUUAACGUGACUAGCAAAGUUUUACAAACAAUUGUGGAUACAGUUCUUAACAGUGAGCAUCAUGUAACAGUGUCACUAUCUGACGUUACUGUGGAAGACGUUACCAGUACAGGGCAGCAGGAUAUAUUGAAUCAGGACAAUACAUCAGUACUAGCACUAAGAGGGCAUAGUUUUACACAGGGCGAGAAGGCGUUUCAGUUAAGAGAUGUAACAAUAUCAUACGGGACAUUCAAGCAGUUCGUAAAUACUGUGCAAAAAUGUCGAUAUCCAGUUACAAUAGGGUUGUGUGCAUGUUUCUAUGAUGAAGAGCUGUAUACAUGGUUCGGUGAUGAAAGCCUUAACUGUAGGGAGGAAAUAGAAUAUGUUAGGUCUUUAUCGUCGUUCACAAUCGUAGUAGAUGAUGAAGACUGUUUUAGUUUCACAAAGACCAACUAAACAUUCACGGAAAUAUUUCAUGAUGUAUCGUGGUUAUUUAUGUUUUUUAAGGGAGACCAAACGAAGGAAAUAAUGGGGUAAUAAAACAGAAAUGUUUUAUAGCAGGUUUAUCGUCAACAGAUGUAGAUACAUAUUUAACUGCUGAAUUGUUGCCAUUCCAAUGCACAUUGGGGACACUCAAGACACUAAUAGUAUCUCCGAAGUACCACUUUCUAAAUGGUUGAUCAAUACACCUUCUAAUGUUUAACACGAAGCGACAUUCUAUUAUGGUAAAAUAUGACAAAGGUUUCGUAAUUGCAAGGUCAUUUUCAAAAUAAAUAUCGAAACAGUCUAAAAGAGAGCUUUUUGGUUUAUAGACAUUUUUGACAACUCAAAAUAUUGACGGGCUUUGAAGAACACACUUGGAUUAUUUCAGGAUAAAUAGUUGCUCUUUAUGUCAUUUUGUAACUUUUAUUUUUGCUGUGUGUGUUUUGAUUAAAAGGCAUAACAAAACUGUUGUUAAGUAUGAAUUACAAAAUAAUAAUGAAACGUUCUUAGAGCAAUAGUGUUACAUUUCAAAAUAUGUAUAUUGUGUACGGCUUUUUUGCAGAAGAAGUAUAUGUUGUAUAUAUUAUUAAUCGUGUCUCUCUGUUUGAAUAAUGUUGCUAUCUAUGAUUUAAUGUAAUUUAUAAAGAAUAUUUCAGAUGCGUCUUGAUAAAUAAAAUGUGUGUCAGUAGGAUGAAAACAGAAUGAUCUAAAUUUCUACUAGGACAUCAUAAAACAUGAAAUAAGGAAAUGGGAUUAUUCGAAUGACAUUGAUAUAACUAACAGGUUAAAAGGUAAUGAACUAGAAAUGUUUAAUUUUAUUACAAUAUUUGAAGGCAGCAUCUGAAACAAAAGCAAAACAUUUUUUUUGUCGCUCCGGUCGACCAGACGUUUUAAUAAGUGAGUAAUUAAUAAGGAAUAACAUUUUUAGCAUCUUUGUUUUUCCCGAAAUGCGGGUUUAAGAUGAUGUUCCAAUGAACUAAAUAAAUUUAGGACACUGCUGUAAUAAAUGCUGAACUAUUUACUACAGUUAGUAAUUUAUAAGCUUAACCUAAAAUUUUGAGAAAAAUAUAUUAUUGUUAAUAUGAGGAACAUACUGGAUUAAAUUGACAUUUUUACAAUACUUUGGCAUGGCAUUGAUUGAUAUUCCUUAUGGUUAAUACGGGUAAAGCGCUUUGACUAAUAUGAUGCAUGAGAAGUUAUACUAGAAGUGCUUAAUUAGGAAUAUGAGACAAAGUUGUUUUUUGUGUAAUAACAAAUAUACAUCUAGAGUAGUAGUAGUAGUAGUCGUACAAAAUCAAAUAUUACGUUUGCUUCCACAUGUACUUUUAGCUGGAAGUGACAGCCUAACGUCAUUAUCAGGAAAAAUAUUACCUCCUAGCCGCGAUAUGGUUACUAUACAUGUUCCCAUGAAUCUAUUAUUCCCCGUGUAUUAAGUGCUACUGUCUUUCCUAAGGUAAAUGUCGGCUACAGAUAGGGUUUGAUGUCACAUUAUUCAGCGUAAUAGAAUAAAAUAAGAAGAACUGUAAAGACUUCAAUUGAUAUUGUUAUAUUUGUUAAUUUAGUUACUUUUGCAAUUUAUACGUUUAUUUAUUGAAAACAUACACUUUUAUUUAUUUUGCACUGUAUAUUUAUAUAUUAUGUAUUGUUUGUUAAUAUGCCAUGUUCUUUUUAUAUUUGUUAUGGCCAAAGACAUGUAUAAUGCAGAAUUUGCGCAAUAAACCUUGAACGUGAACUGGAUGUUUGACGAAUUUUGAAAAACUUAGCACAGGGACCUAUACAUUAUAUUUGGCCAUAGGACUGGAAAUAGGUAAAUUUACUACAAAGUUCAAGUGCAAACUUUCAUUAAAAUAUACACCGUGGAACAUUUUAUUUUUCUGCGAAUUUUCCAUAGUAGUCCAUUUUGAAAAUUGACUGGAGGACCAAUAUUUUCUAAUCAUUAUAACAACCAUUCUAGUAUGCUUCUGUUAAAACACUCUUACGUUAAAAUGGCGUCACGUUAACGUGCGGUGACGUCAAAUUUUUGUUGCGACCAAGAAAGAGCGCUUCUAUACUUUGUCUACUCUUUUAGAUUAAGAGCAAAUUAGAAUUUAACUAAUUCAUAGCAGGAGUGUUUUAACACUAUUUAUAUACUCGGGUGGUAUUACGUGGUACAAAUAAUUUCACUCGGGCUACGCCCUCGUGAAAUUAUUACGCCCGAUGUAUAACCGCUCAUCGUACAUAAAUAGUGUUAAAACAUUUUUUUCAUAUAAAUCAUUUAUUUGAUAACAUGCACAUGGCCUUAGCUAUCUUUCCGUUUGUUACACAACAUUAUGCCAUGGAAAGUUAGUUGUUAAAUUCCAUAUUGUAGAACAAUAAUGUUUCAAACGUACAGAACUUAUAAGUAUUCAAACUCUUGGUUUUCCAGGAUUAGUCAAGAAAAUUGUCUUUUCCCUGUUUUUGAACAUAUUAAUAUUGAAAGUUAUGAAUGCAUAUACAUUUCUUUGACCAACCUUUUUCCUGCUUUAUUUUAGCUGAAUCAUCUGAUUAUUUCAAAAUGGUUUUGGUAUUAUGUUUGUAAUUUUUAUUACCGUUUACAUUUACUGGACAAAAAUCAUAUAUCUAUAUUGGACUAAGUCAUGGAUUUAUGCACAACAAAAUUCUUGAUAAAGUAAAAACGGGUUUAACACGACACGCCCAAAAAGCAAUUUUUAAACUAAAUAGCGCUUUAUUUGAUUAUAAAGCUUUGUUUAACAUACCUUAGAGUUACUGGGUAAGUUAGAUGCAUGAAGUUUACAAAUAAAGGGUACUUAAUGUAUGCUAUAUUGAGAAAAUAAUGUUAUAUGUUAAACGUAGUACAAAAAUAUCAUAGCAGAUUUCUAAAAUUUAAACACUGGUUAAAAUAUUCAAUACCAGUAGUCAGAAGAAUAAAUAUAUUAAACUUGUUAUUGUACAUACCAUUAAACUGUUAGUGUAGUAAGAUAACGCAGGUAGAUCCAUAUAUUAUUAACGAAGAAGUGUUGUAACACCAUGCUGGAAAUUGUUAUGUAUUUCGAUGUAUUGUAAAACAGAGACUACAUGAUCAUUGUUUAUCGUGAAUUGGCAUAGAAGAAUUGUUGAUUUGAACAUAUCUUUUUUUCUAUUUAGAAUUAAUAUGGUAAACAUUGGUUUCCAUCUAUGUUGGAUUGUUUUAUCUGUUGUAACUACCUAAAUCAUUUAUCUUUCCAUAAUUCAGCGAUAGAGGCAGAUAGAUGGUAUAACCUACAUAUAAUAUCCUUUGUUGAAAGAAAAUGCAGCGCAUGUAGCAGAUUAGAAAAUGAAUAUUUUAUAUCAUAUAUAAUUGUACAAUGGUAUAAGACAAAAAUCUUAAAGAAACUUGAAACGCUACCUUUUUGUGAACCAAAUUUUGACCAGAUAGCGAUUAAUGAUGUAUACCAAAGCGGAUUUUACAUCACCCUGGAUUUCAAACGUCACAUCAACGUACUUUUAUAUGUCUAAAUAUGACAUUUUACUGUUUUAUACUGUACUUGAGUAUUAAUUGAAGAAUGUGUAAAGGAAUAAAAAAAAAUAUAAGAUCACAAACGUUACCACAUUUAUGAGUCACAGUGAGUGAACUGGAAACAGCUGUAAACGAAUUGAUUUUCUGUCUUUCGGCUGUAUUCUACAACAUAUGAACAUAGGUCAUUCAAUGUUAAUCACAAGCUCUCUUGUUUAUUUAUGUAUACCAUGUGAAAUUUCUUAAAAAUUGAAAAAGUGGUAUUUAUUUGAUUUGAUUUCUUUUUAUUAAAGAUAGUGUAAAGGUUUACUUAUUGUACUAAUACCCACAUGUAGAAAAGACAUGAUAAUAUUUUCAAGUAAAAAAUGUUAUUGUUGUGUAUAAAUGAGCAUAUAUAUGAUAUAUAUAAACUGAACAUGUUUGUUCAAAAAAGUGCGCACUUUAACUAGUUUGUUAUAAAUUUUGAGUUCUGGUCACAAGUGUUUCUUUGAUAUUCAUGUUGUUAUAUAUAAAGCUGAAUUGUGUAACAGCUCAUUUCUUUAUUAAUUUAAUUUUUAUUGUAUAUAAUAUGCAUAUUGUACCUUACGGGUCAUGUCAGACCUAUUAACAGAGUCAAAACAAUUAAUUCUUUAAAUUUUACUUUAAGUCACAUGAUGUUUAGUAUCUUGAAAGUUGUACAAAUUAAAAACCUCAACAUGCAUGUAUAUGACAGUCAUUAUGUUAUGAUAUACUUAAUGCACUCCAAAGUGUAUAUGAUAAUGGACAUUAGAUCCAUUACUGUGAUAUGCUAAUUUUGAUGAAAUAUAUAGUAUUAAAUACGA